AUGGCGCCAGUUCAACUUCCGGUUCCGGAUUCGUCACUUCCGGAAUUCCGUCCGUCACCUCCGAGUCAAGAUGAUAACCCUCCUUUCUGGUCUGAACUCAUCCCAUCGUUUUCGUCACCCGGUCCUCCUCUACCUGAGAGAUUUUCUGGCGACCCAAAGACCCCUGAGCCUGCUCUGUGCCGCCCUGAGACCCCUGAGCAUACACUUAAGAGGGCGUCUGAAAUUAGUGUUGGUGAAAAUGUGCCUCCAAGGUUCCCUCAGCAGAGGCCACUAAUCACCAAGAACCCUCCACCUACGCCUCCAGCCACCUCUGAGCCUGAACUUGAGCCUCCUUGGGUGGUCCCUCCGUUUCCAGAGGCUGAACCACAGUCGGUGAUGUCUCCUGUUCCUGUGGUGGAGCCACAGUCGGUGGCCUCCCCAGUUCCUGAGGCUGAACCACAGUCGGUGAUUCUGCCUGCCAGCACUCAGUCUCAGUCUCUGCCUCAGACCUCAGUCCUCAGCCUGCCGAAAAGCCUCUGGACUCACAAGGUUCCCCCUGUGCAGAUCUGA